GUUACCAUCAGAUUACAACCUUCAGCACGUACACACCAGUACAAAUCGGACUAAAUUACUAGUUAAAUCUUAAAUAAUGAUAAUGUCACUACAUGAUCCCAUAGCGAGAAAACGAGUGCUUGAUACAAAUACCACAGAAGGAGUGAUCAAGAAAUCAAAGAUAAGGGAUGAGGCAACCACAAAUCUUGACCUCAAGUCAAUAGAAGGUGAUGACUUUGAUAAGCAUAGUACCGCAUUUUCUGAACAAAUGUAUUCUGCAUAUGUAAAAUCUGCAUUAUUGUCUUUGGAAAAGAAUGAACCUUUGCAAAUAAAUACCUUGACUGAUAAGAUCAGUUUACCAUUGGGAAACCCCGAUGCUAUAAAUUUGGCACAUUUUACUAUUGUGCUCAAAUGUCUUAUAUCCAAUGUAUCUAGAUUAGAUAAUAAAGCAUGUCAUAAUUUAAUAUUCGCCAUCCUUCGAUACAGGUGGUUGGAUAUUAAAGAUGAUUUCAAACAAGACACCUCCUAUGCUACGUUCAUAGAUUUAUAUUCACACUUCUUAACAGUUUUGGUGUCAACCUUACCCAAAUACUUACUGGAAGUGACUACUAAAGUCAUAAGUGAAUUUGAUUCCUUUAACCAUCGCGAACAGUCUAUUAUAAAUCAUCACGAUAUUUUGGGCAAAAUAAUAAGAUAUAUCCCUACUUGCAUAAACACCAUUCCUCAAACUUUGCAAAAGAAUUUCCCCCAUCAUUUGUCUUCUUCCACCACUGAGUUGACUAACUAUGUCAACAAUUUAUUGCAUAUUGUGUCUUAUUGUCCGGAAUUACAAUUUGGUAUUUGGCAGUUGAUUAUUGAAUGUUGUAUUAAAUUGGAUGUGGAACUUCAAAAUGAGUUGGAUGAUUUGGAUGACGAUGAGAUUGAAGAAUUAAUCAAUGGCGAGGAUGAAGAUGGUGAUAUCGAAUUAAACGUGGAAAUUCACGACAACUCCGAUAGCGAAGAUGAGGAUGAAGAUGAUGAUGAAGAUGAUGAUCAAAUGGAUGGAGAAGUUGAAUAUAUGGUUGAUCCAGUUAAUUCAACUACUAACAUCAAAGUUUUGGUUUCAAAGUUGGAUAGCAUAAUGAAUGAAUUAUUGCUUAAUACUGAAAUCUCCUUUACUGAAGACGAAUUGAAUAACGGUAAUGGAGUUAAUUUAUUCAAUACUAUUACUUCCCUUUUCAAGAGUCAUAUCUUGCCUACCCAUUUCACUAAGCUGAUUCAAUUUGUGUUGUUCCAUAUCUCCCAGUAUCAUCCGGAAUUGGCUGAUUCUUAUUUGGUUCUUCUUAUUGAUGUUGCAUUUAACCCUAAAGAAAUUUUGGAAAAGAGAUUGAAAGCAAUUCAAUAUUUGUCGUCUUAUAUUGCUAGAGCCAAACAACUUUCCCGUCAUCAAAUUGUGUUUGUUGUUAGUUAUCUUGUUGGAUGGUUGGACAAAUAUAUCAUAGAAAGAGAGUGUGAAAUUGCCGAUAUUGAAUCAAGUCGUCGUAAUGAUAACAAGCAAGUUGGAGGUAUGGAAAGAUUCAAGUUGUUCUAUGCCACUUUCCAAGCAUUGCUUUAUAUUUUCUGUUUUAGACAUGAUACUCUUUUCAAAAAUGGAGAAAGUUUACCAACAAUUGAUACCCCAUCUGGUUCUUUUAAGACCAAACAAUCAAGUGGUUCUGAAUGGGAAUGUGACUUGGACAAGUUCUUCCAACGUGCAAUCAUUGCCAAAUUCAACCCAUUGAAGUUUUGUGAUGAGACCGUGGUUUACAUCUUUGCUAAAUUGGCCACCAAAUUGAAUGUAUGUUAUUGUUAUUCAAUUAUUGAACAUAAUAAGAGAGAAAGAAUGUUACAGUCAAAUGGAUCAAUGAAUUUACCUUCAGCCGUAGGUAACUUCAAGCAAAAACAAGAAUUUUUGGAUUUGGAAGCUUAUUUUCCAUUUGAUCCUAUGGUUUUGCCUACCAGUAAGAAAAUUGUUAAUAAGAAUUAUGUGGAGUGGUCAGAAGUUAAUCCAGAAGAAGAUGACGAUGAAGAUAGUGCAAGUGGAAGUCACAUUGAUGAAGAUGAUGACAGUAGUGAAGAGAGUGAUGAUGACGAAGAAAACUAGGUUGAAAGAUAGUUACUUUUUUAUUCUUUUUUUGGGUUGUGUACGCUUUUAUAGGAUAUAUAUUGGUUGUUUAAUAAAAAAAA